UAGAAGCUUUGGUAACAUUGUGCUGAUAGUUUAUAAACAGAAUGUUUGAACCAAUUUUGCGCCAAAGUUAACGAUUGUUUGGAGAACUACAACUGGAAGUUUUCAAUGACAAGCUUUUAAGUACCUACUUCUGCUGAGACCAUCUACGCAGUUGUGAGUAGCCAGUAUUAACCAUUAUGCCACUGACACGGAAAAGGAAAGCGUCCAAGAAAUUUUCUGAACAAUAUUACACCAUUCUUGAAAGUCAGAAGCACCCUGUAAUACCAAAUGAACUACUUCAAAAGGUUAAAGAAGAUGGGAUUGCAAAUCUUACUCGGGAGGAAUCACAUGUGUUUUGGAGAAGUUUACAUGACAAUUCUGUUGCUCACCUACAGAUUUUGUUUCCUGAUGAAGUGGAGGCUUGUACUCAGGAUCGAGAGACAUCUGUUGAAUUCUUGGACGUAGUUUUUUUUCUUCUACAUCAACUAUUGGAAGAACGAGAACCCAAUGUGGAAAAUUUUUCAAGCCAAAUUUUUAUUGUCCUUGUAGGAUUAUUAAAAAAUGACUGUCUGGAUGAUAAGAUAAAGCAGAAAAUUGUCAAACUCUCAGAAGAGUGGUGCAGAAGAAAGCUGCUACUGUACAAUUCAGCAAUUGUUGUUACAUUUGAAUACCUUUUUGAAGUCUCCUUAAAGAAAGGAGCUACGAAAGCUGAUGUACGGCGGGCAUGUGGGCUUCGUAGUGCUGUGAAGCUGGAAAGUAAUAUUGCAAAGAAUCGUCAACUAUUUUUGGAUGCCAUGAGAAACAUAAAUUAUUUGACAACUAAAGAAGGAUGCAAAUUUCUAGCAUUAGUGUUGACUAUGGAUGAAGAACUGACUAAGGACAUGCAUGGAGUCUGUAAAGGAUUUCUUCUUGAAUGCAAUAGAAAUAUUGCCAAGGCAUAUGGUGAUAUAUAUUAUACAGCCUGGUCUGUAGCGGACACAGUUAUGAGGAAGUUUAUUGAAGAGUACUUGAUUCAGGACUUCAUGGCACGCAUUAUGGAUUUGAAGAGGCAAGUGUUGGAAAUGAGCCAAUUAGGUCAGAAAGUGCUCACCAUACUUCAUGCAUUCCACACUCAUAAAUCCAAUACCCAAGUCCGUUCCAUGCUGGCGACUCUGUACGAACCAAUUCUGUGGCGAAACCUUAAGAGUCCAAACAGCACAGUUAGAAGUAAUGCUGCUGAAGUGUUCCUGGAUGCUUAUCCUUUGGAAAGAUGUGGAGAAGGACGUGAUAAGAAUGUAGCAUUUGCAGAGAGGCAGCACAAAAUAAUGACGGAACUUCUGACUGACAAAUGGCAUGUUGUUCGCAUCAUUGCUGUUAGGCACAUUUGCCAGAUAGCAUCUGAUUUUUGGCAAGUAAUUCCACCAGAAGUUAUCCAGCAGUGGUUGACUAUUGUGAUAACACAACUGGCCUGGGACUCUAGCUCUGCAGAAGUACGGAGGAGUGUAUACCGGGGAAUGCGAGCACUUGUUGUCAAUCCACUGUGUGCUGAAUACAUGCAAAAGGUGCUUCCACAUAUGCAAGAUGGAAUUCAUGACACCAAUGCAAGAGUCCGGACUGCAUUUGUGGAGAUGCUGGUUGCCUGUAAAGAUGCCAGCUCAAUAAAGUUUUGGUUGAUUGUACCACUCAACCACCUUCUUGCCAGGCUGGAGGUAGAUGAACAAGCAGUUGCUCAGCGUAUUGUCAAGUUAUUGUUCGAAAGUUUCUACCCGUAUGAGAGAGGUCCUGAAGUUACGCUGAAGAGGAUAAUGAAUAUGAUAGUGCUGAGCCCAAUUGGAAGUCGCAAAUUCUUUUUCUAUUCAAAAUCUGUACUAAGCUUUGAGUCCAGCGUACAGUUAGUACUUUCUAUAAUGACAUAUAUUUUGAGAUAUGUUAAGUCAGAGUUCAGUGGAAAGCUAACUGUGUCAAAUGGCACAGAGCAAGAUAAGCCCACUGUUACUCCCAAAACUUCAAAGGACAAUAAAGAAGCUCCAGCUUCAAAAAAAAGAAGAAUCAGUUCGCCAGACCCAGUUUCAAGUUUGGAAACAAGUGGACCAUUGAAUACUGAAGCUGCAGAUGGAGAAACAGAGCUCUACUUCAAAACAUCUCUUGAAAACCCAUUGGUUACUGAAAUUUUCAUUGAUAUAGUGUCCACCUUACUUACAAUACAUGAUCAUAGAAAACAGGAGGCUGAAUACAAGGAGCAGUGGCAGAAGAUGUAUACUAUGUGUAAGAUGUGCAUCCCAGAUUUUCUUCGUUAUUUCAAGGGAACUCGCACAUAUGACUCAGUCUUGUACCUGUGCAGUUUGAUGCCACAAUCUGUCAGGAAGUCAAUUCGUCCUGUCUUUCACUUGGACAGCACCUGUUUGUCUCAGUUGAAGGCUUUAUCAGCUGAUAGUUCAGAUGAGGAAGUGUUGAAAUUGGUAUCACUGCUCUGCUCUUGGAACCGUGGUGAUGAACUGCUUGAAAUGGCCAAAAAUUGGAUCGAUGAAGCACUGAGAGCUGAAGAUUUAAACUCCACUCGUUAUGGUGAACCGAAAGCAGAACGAAGAAAAGUAAAAAUUAAGGAUGCCCGUGAACCAAAUCCACUUCUGGGCUUUCGUGUAUUAAAUGCAAUAUUUUGUUACCCUCCAAACAAUGCUAAAAUUUUGGCAAAACAUUAUAACCUCAUUGUGGAGAUCUGGAACUAUUUAGAAAGAGUGAAGAAACUAAUAGAAACACGCAUGGAACAUAGUUCUGCAUUUGACAGUUGUCUGCUGUCAGAUGAAUUCAUAAUAGAAUGCUUCUCACGUUAUUUGAAGCUAAUUCCAUAUCUAAAAAUUGGUUCAGAAGGGCACAAAUUUGAUUCUGAGUCUGCUUUUACUACUAUACUGGAUUGGUCAGAAAAGAUAUUGGUAUCGAGUCUCCCAAAAGAAUUCCCAUUGACAAAUGAUGACACUGCUGUUGAAUGGGUGGUUAUUGACUCUGUUGGGCCUCUUUUAGUCAGUUUGUUGAAUGAAGUUCUAAAAGUGGGAGCAAAUAUGAUACUCCUUGGACAAGCCUCAGUGAAACUCACAUCCAAAGUGAUAAGACUAUGCAAACUGCUGCUUCGCACUGGUUGUAGAGUAAUGUUUGUCUACUCUGCUUGUGGAGUGAUGCAUCAUAUUUCCGACUAUUAUAAGAAGAUCCUGAGUGGAAAGAACUUAUCGAUGCUUUUCAAUACUGUAGCUAAUUUACUGGGGGACUGUGUUGCGUCCCUGACAGAUCUGGCAUUUACCAAAGAAGGCCUGAAAUUACAUAUUGAGAAUUUUGCUGAAACGAGAACAGCAAUGAUUAAUACACUGAUGUUACUGUCAAAAAUGUUUGGCAUUUCGAAUGAUUUGUUUGUUAAAACGUUCAACAAAUUUGUUACUGCAAUUUUAGUAAUAAUGAAGAAAGAUGCAGGACUGCUAGAAAAUAUAGCAGUCUUGAAGAAGGUACAGGAUCUGCCAUACGUAGCAUCUCAGCUUGUGACAUCUUUCUAUAACAACAAAAUUCUUACAGAAAUGAUGUUUCAAGUACUUGAGAGGAAUAUCUCCAGAGAAUAUCAAGAGGAUUCUUCAAAGCUACUAGCAGCGUUAGGGUUACUGCUCCUUUUUGUACGCUACCGGAGGUAUGUGUCAGUUGAAAGCCUGAAGAGUGCGCUUAACAGUGCAGAGUCUGCAGUAGUCAGUUACCAUGCACAGAUUUCCAAGGAAGCAGAUAUGGAAACUGAUGAUACGGUUUUGGAAAAGAUGAUGGAUGUCCUAAAGGAAGCUCGUACUGAGCUGACAAAUCCACAAAAGGAAGCUGAACAGGAUGCUGAGCCAACAGAUCUCCAAAUGGAAGAAGAACAGGAUGUUGAACAGCCAGAGAGAGUAAAACAAAAAAAGAGGGCAAGACCAGACACUCCAGUCCAUAAAAACAACAAUCAAAGUCCUGUAGAUGUAAAUAAAACCAGCAGUAGGAGAAGAAAAUUGAGGACUGGUAAAAGACGUGGUUUGAAGAAGUUGGUGGACGUUGUAAAGCUGACUAGCAGUGAGGUUACAAAUCCACAAAAGAAAUCUAAAACAAGAAACAUAGAAAGGGAAGAUGAACAAGAAGUUGAGCCACUAGAUAAUGCUAAACAAAGUGAAUGUGAAACAUCAGCUUCAUCAGUCAAUAAAACACCAGAAGAUGCAAAUGAAACUAGCAGUAGUGGCAGAAAAUUGAGUGCUCGUAGAAGACGUGUUUUUGAGAAGACAAUGGAAGUUACGAAGGAUACUCACAAGGAGAUGACAAAUGCACGAAAGCAAGUUGAGCAGGAUGCUGAGCCAACCAGUAUACGAAUGGAAGAGGAAGAAGAAGUUGAGCCUACAAAUAGUACAAAACAAAAAGAAUUUGAAACACCAGAGCCACCAGUCAAUAUAAACAAUAAUCAAAGUCCUGAAGAUGAAAAUAAAACCGGCAGUGUUGGAAGAAAAUUGAAAAACAGAAAAAGACGAGUUUUUGAGGAGACAGUGGAAGUUCUGAAGGAAAAGGAGAUGACAAAUGCACAAAAGGAAGUUGAGCAGGCUGCUGAACCAACAAACAUACAAAUGGAAGAGGAAGAAGUUGAGUCUCCAGAUGAAUGUGAAACACCAAAUGCUCCAGCCAAUAAAACACCUGGAGAUGUACAUAGAACCAGCAGUAAUGAAAGAAAAUCGAGUACUCGUAAAAGACGUGUUCUGAAAAAGACAGUGGAAGUCAUAAAGCAAACGAGCACUGAGACUACAGAUCCUCGAAAAAAGGAAGCCAAGCCAAGAAAUAGGCAGGUGGAGGACAAAGUACAAGUUGAACCGCAAGAUAGUUUGAAACAAAAGGAAUGUGAAAUAUCAGAUCCGCCAGUCAGUAAAACACCUGAUGAUACAAAUGAAACUAGCAGUAGUAGAAGAAAAUCGAGCUCUCGUAAAAGACGAGUUUUUGAGGAGACAGUGGAAGUUCUGAAGGAAAAGGAGAUGGCAAAUGUACAAAAGGAAGUUGAGCAGGCUGCUGAACCAACAAAUAUACAAAUGGAAGAUGAAGAAGUUGAGUCUCCAGAUGAAUGUGAAACACCAAAGGCUUCAGCCAAUAAAACACCUGGAGAUGCAAAUAGAACCAGCAGUAAUGAAAGAAAAUCGAGUACUCGUAAAAGACGUGUUUUGAAGAAGACGGUGGAAGUCAUAAAGCAAACUAUCACUGAUAUUACAAACCCACGAAAGGAAGCUGAGCCAGGAAAUAGACAAACAGAAGAUGAACAAGAAGUGGAGCUACCAGAUAGUGUGAAGCAAAAGGAAUGUGAAACACCAAAUCCACCAGUCAGUAAAACACCUGAAGAUGCAAAUGGAACUAGCCAUAGUGGCAGAAAAUCAAGCACUCGUAAAAGAAGAGUUUUUGAGAAGACGGUGGACGUUCUAAAGGAAGCUCACACCGAGAUGAAAAAAGCACAAAAGGAAGCUGAGCCAACCAAUAUACAAAUGGAGGAGGAGGAAGAAGUUGACCCUCCAGAUGGUGCAAAACGAAAAGCAUGUGAAACGCAAAAGCAACCAGUCAGUGAAAACAAUAAUCGGAGUCCUGAAGAUGCAAAUAAAAUGAGGAGGAGUCAAAGAAAAUCGAGAACUUAUAAUAGGCCAUGAGAAAUGUAGUCUCCAAACUAUGAAUCCACAAGCAUUCCAUAGUCAACAUUCUCAGAUGGCAUGCAUUGCCCAUUAUGAAUUUUUAUAAUAAGAAUUGUAUAUAAAACAGUGUAAGUUUCUGCAUUUUGAUAAAAGUUAUGAUAUUGGGAGACCAGAACUCUUCAUCCCGCUCUACUCAUUAUCAUUAGUAAUAGUUAAUGUUAUAUAUUCGACAGUUGUGCUCUACCAACACUUAUUACAUUCUGUUUUCUGUUAGUACUGUUAUCCUAUCAGUUAGAAGUAUAGUGAGUUUUCAUUUACACAUUUCUUGCAAAAUUGUGGUUUCGUCUAGGUACUUCACUUGUUAGGACACAGUGAGUGCCAUGUAAAAAUCAUGUGGAUUUUCAAUUACAAAAUUGUUCGUCAUGUGAAGGUUGUACUAUCAAAGUAGUUAAUGCCCAUGAAAAAAAUAAAGUUUUAAGUACAACAACACAUUUUUUUAAAAUACUACACCUCAUUAAUGACUCAAGUUCUGGUGAAAUUGUUGUAUGAAAUCAUGCAUUCAUUGUUGCUCAGAGAUGUGUUUUUAUGGCAGUUUUGGCGUAUGACGUAACCAAAAGCCAUGAUUAAACAACACUUUAUCAUUAAAAAGCAUUAAUUUUGACAUAUUUAACUGGGAACGAAAAAUUAGUUUUAUUUUUUCACACAAAAUCAAGUACAUAAUUUAUAAGUGGUGUGAAUGUGAUUAUUUUUUUAACAGAAUUAUUUUCAGAUGUAUAAAAAAUAAAAAUAUUAUUUGAAAUUUGUACAGAGAGUGUAUAUCCCAUACAUAAAAUUGCCGUACUUUGUAAUCUUAUAGUGUUUUCUGUGUAAAAAAUAAAUAAUGUUAUGUGAUAUGUAAAUAAGACUUAAUUCUCAUUAUUUAUUGCGAGAAAAAUUUUAUUGUGUGGAUUAAAAUCUGUCAUAGACAUUUCACUAUUCCAUAAUUUGUUAUUUUGGUUUUAAUUUUUUAGGUAUUAUGUUUCACUGUCAUUAUACACGCGUUAAUACUUAU